AUGGAAACUUUUCUUCGUGUUUUCCAAGUUAUUUUGCUGCUGUUUGUUGCUGUUCAGCUGGCGGACGCCUUCGACAAGACAAUUCACGUUUCACCAAAAGGCAAAGAUAAACCAUCUUGUGGAAGUAGCGAUUCGCCGUGCCAUACAAUAGAUUACGCGAUCUCAAGCGCUCGCCAAACAGGGGCAAACUCCACGCAGAUAUCAGCAGCUAGAGGUAGUUACAAGCUGGCGAAUAGCUUCAGUUUUAAACACAUAAACAACUUUGGACUGUGGGGACAAGGAACAAAACCAGACGAUGUAGAAAUAAUUUGCAAAGGCAACGCAAGUCUAUCAUUUGUUCUUAGCAACAAUAUAUCCGUGAAAGGAGUCACGUUACAGAAUUGUGGUGGAUGGCGCACGAGCUCGGUCAAAGCUCCAAAGCCUUACACCGGGCUAGAUGGAGUUAAAUUCCGUGUUGCUUUGGAUUUUCGAUAUUGCAGGAAUGUUCAACUAUUUAACGUCAAAAUUUCGUUUUCUCCAGGGCUUGGUGUUAACUUUUACGAUGUUGGUGGUGUUAUAAAUUUUACAAAUUGUGUCUUUGUUGACAACAGAGCUGCGAAUGACAACGGAAGCAAAGCAAAUACUCAGACAAAGUGGAAUGAAGAAAGGUUGCACACCAAACAGUUAGAAAAAGUGUACUCAGGAGGAGGUAUAUAUUUGGCUUUAGAUCCCUAUGGCCACAACACCGUCAACAUUACUCCAACCGAACACGACUCGUAUCAGCACAACAACACAUUUGUCUUCCAAAAUUGCAGUUUUCUCAGAAACGAGGCUGUGUGGUCGAAUGCAAGUAUUGCAGCUGAAUUCGUUGACACACCAGAACUACCCUUUAGCCGUGGCGGUGGCUUGGCAAUUUUUUUUCGUUCAAAUGCCAGUGGAUCGACCAUCAGUAUAGAUUCUUGCCUUUUCAGUGGAAAUCGAGCCAGCUGGGGUGGAGGUGUGAAUGUUUGGAUGGGCGAAAAAACACAAAAUAACCGUCUUGCGGUAGAAAACACAAAGUUCGAGAACAAUACGGGGGAUCAAGCUGGCGGUGGUCUACGGAUGAGUAAUUUAAUAAAAGAAACCCAACAACGUCUCAAUUUAUUUACGGUACACAACUGCUUAUUUGUAAACAAUACUUCUGUUUGGGGUGGUGCUACAUCAAUUUUCGGAUCGUCAAUACCGGGAAAGUGUGCCAAGCAUACAGAUGCUGAUUUAACUCAGUUUUCUUUUAAUCGGUGCCGGUGGACUGGCAACACAGGGACUGUGGGUGCAGCCUUUGGAGCCUUUCUUAAAAACCAGAACGAAGAUCAGAUUGGUCCACAGGCUCCAUACCAUACAAGCUUUAAUGGAUGCACCUUUCUAAGGAAUCAUGUGCUCCGAUUACGGGUCCUUGUGGCAAUUGGAGAAGGGACACUCUAUAGCGUUGAAGUGCCUCUUAUUUUCCGUGGAAAUAUGAGCUUUCUGGAUAAUUCUAAGACAGCUGUUGCUUUAGACGGGGCGACAGUAGAAAUUUACGAUCAUGUUUACUUCAUCAACAAUGUAGGAUUGAGAGGAGGCGCCAUGGCCAUGUACGGACGUUCCAGAAUUAUUUUUAACAAACACUCGUACGUCCUUUUUCAAGGGAACAAGUGUGAUACCGGUGGCCAAGGAGGUGCUUUAUAUAUUGAUGCUCCCGGGCCUCCACUGGUCGGUUUUAACGCAACAGGGACAAACACUCAUGGCUGUUUCUUUGCUUACGCGCUUCCUUCAUUAGAUUUUGAUGACUGGAAAACAAAGGUGAUCUUUCGGGGAAACCAAGCUCCGUUUUCGUCUGCGGGGAAUUCGGUCUUUGUCACGACAUUGAGAGGCUGUCGGCGAAUCGGUGAACCUCGGCAAAAUAACUCCGUUCUUCGAUGGAAAUUUGUUGAAUUUCAGGACCAGUAUGGCAAACGUAGCUCUUUAAAGGACGAGGUCGCCACAGACCCUGUAGACAUACAGUAUGAAACUGCAGAAUGGAACGUUGCCCCUAGUGAACGUUUCAAUGCCACUGUACGACUUCUAGACGAGCUUGGUAAUUCUGUCGUGGGCAUCAUUAAUGUGGAAGUCAUUCCUCUCCAUCAGUCAUCCAAGGUCAGUCUUUACUCUGCUUCGAGCAUGUUCGUUGCAAAUGAUACCAUUUCCCAUCUCGCGAUGGCUGGAAAAUCGGGAGAAAAAUUCUCGGUAGAGCUGAAAUAUAUGGGGAAGCAAAUUUUAACGCAAACUAUAUCUGGUCUUUCACUUAAGCCCUGCAAUCUUGGUUUUAAGCAAAAAGGCUCGUUAUGUGUGUGCAGGGACUCUACAGAGCGUGGUAUCUCUAGGUGCAAAUCGGACGGAAAGACAUUUUACCUGAAACAUGGUUACUGGGCAGGGACAGUCAAUAACAAAUUCGUCACUCACUUUUGCCCUACUGGAUACUGCAAGACCGUGGCUCGUGCGCCUGAAAUAAAGUUUGUUUCUGGUGAUGUGUGCAGGGACGAGAGGGAUCAGUCAAGUAUACUUUGCGGAAAAUGUAAAGCCAAUCGCACUGUGCUUUUUGGAGGCGAACAUUGUUCCGCUACGUGCUCCAACUGGUACUUGCUACUGUUGCUUUUAUAUGGACUAAUCCUUAUUGCCGUAGUUAUGUUUAUCAUGCUGAUAGAUCUUGAUUUCUUCACGGGAUAUUUGAAUGCCUGGUUGUAUGCGUAUCAGGUCAUGAAGGUAAUAACUCCCGAUGGAUUUGCAUUCGAUCCCUUUAUAGAGUUCAUCAUUGGUCUGGCGAAUUUCCAGUUCAAAACAGGUUCAGGUGGAAUCUGUUUUGCCGCAGGGUUAGACGACGCAGAUAAGUUGGCGAUAAUGUAUGUGUUACCGACGUACGUCCUGGUGGUGGCAGUUUUGUUAGCCCAAGCUGUAAGCUACCAUCCCAACUGGUGCUUUAGCAAGAAAGUUAGAGCCGCUCCUAUUCGCGCCGUCUGCACCAUCGUUGUGCUUUGCUACACUGACAUAACAAGAAUUUCACUCCGAAUCCUGAAUCCCGCUUCGGUUGGAUCGAAAAUUGUGAUGUAUUCACAGGGCAACAUCGGCUUUUUCACUGGAAAACACAUUGCUUACGGAAUCUUGGCCAUCCUGUUUAUCGUAUUGUUCGUGGUGCCGUUUCCUAUGGUUCUUCUUUUUCGACCCUUCCUGACGCAGCGUCUCCGCCCGGUACUAAAUCUCAACAGGUGGAAGCCGAUAUUUGAUGCCUUACAAAAUUGCUUCAAGGAUCGGUAUCGUUGGUGUGCUGCCUUCUAUUUUCUCGCCCGACUUGUCAUUUAUGCCAUUGCAACGCUAGUAUCUUCAGGUCCAGUUAAGAGAGCACUGCUGGAGAGUUGCUGUGUUUUGAUUCUUCUCAUUAUUGCGUUCUUGAGGCCUUACAAGGAAGCCAAGGACGUGAAGGAAGAUGAGGAGAGUUACGAUUGGAUUAAUAAGUCAGAUGCCGCCCUCCUGUUUACCCUCACACUAAUCGCCUUGUUCAGCUCUCCUUUUGAUGGCAUGUUCAAGAGCACUUGGUCAGGCUUGCGGGUGUUCGUUGAUAUAUUGGCUUAUAUUCCUUUGUUAGUGUUGGGAAUGGUUGCCAUUAGAAUCAUUAGAAAAUACCGCGAAGCCAAAAAGCUUCGAGAGGCAAAUGAGCCUGAACUCUCUGUCAGUGAGCUGUCCGAAGUCACUGACGACAUUGUUGCGCUGGGAAAUCAGGCCUGA